CCCGCAGAUCUCAUAUGUCAAAUUGUGUAUGAAAUCUGCAAGCAAAGCUUCCGAUAUGAACUUCUCGACCUUGAUGAACAUCUUGGGCGCGAUGCACGUAAGGACAAGGAGGCGAGGAAGGAAAGGAUGGAACUUCUUCAUAGUAUUUUCCCGUCGAAGUCAUUGAGAGUUUGGAACAGGGACUUUCCUCAAGAGAAUGGCGGACUUAAUGCGCCAUCUUUCAACACUGCUUUGCCGUACUUCAAAAGUUUCCGUAAGGUGUUGUCAAUGUGGGAGCACUUUCCCAAGUCCCUCGAUCAGCCUCUCGAUGCUACCGGAUGUGAGCACGACAUAUGGAAGGGGAUGAAAGAAUGCUGUCUCUUCUAUGUCCAGUCUUAUUUUGACAAUACUGGCCGUCCACCUAUCGUACCUCAUUUG